GAAAUUUGUUUAUGCUUACUGGAUUUUUGACAUCAUCUGACCCACCACUUGACUGUGUUAAUUCUGAAAUAAAAAUGACAAAAUUCUGAAGUGGACAUUUUAGUGUCAUUACUGAAUAGAAUUGCAUAAAUCAAGUGUACACAACCAUUACAGAACACUGGAUUGCGUGUUAAGCUGAUUACAGGAAAUUCUAUUUUGUUUCACAUAUAUAAAAGGCGGAGACAAAUUAGUUUUUUUUUUGAGAUAUUGACGGCAUAUUUCAACAGUGAAUCUUUGACGUCUUAACCGAGAAGAAUUAAUUGGCAAAAAAAUGCCCUGCAAAGAGACGUACAUGAACCUGUUCAAACAGCUAGAUAAAAAUGGAGACAAUGUAGUUUCCUCUGAAGAAUUAAAAUCAGGACUGAAAGAACUAGGAAUGGAUGAGGAUUGCAUCAAAGAUGUAAUGCGAAUACUUGACUCCGAUAAAGAUGGGAAAAUCACAUUAGCCGAAUAUAAAAAAGCUGUUGGAUAUUAAGCUAAGUGAAUUUAGCUGUCUUCCAGGAUAUGUUAAAAUUUCGAAAACAAUUAGCUACUUUUUACACUGAUUUUGUAGAAGUUUCCGUGUGGAUAGUGUUUAUGCGUUAUCCAUAUGCUUUAUUAUUCAAUUUAUAUUAUUAUUAUUAUGCAGCUCGAAAUGUGUAUUUCACAGGUAUUCACUUAGUCAUGUUUGUCAAAUUCAAAAUAAAUUUUAUUAUAUAUUCUUAUUACU